CAGCAGUGGGAUGGAUCCUGACUACUAAAGAGCAACGGAGAGAGAGGAGGGGUGGCAGGCAGGCAGCCGGCAGAGGUGCAUAAAUCCUCAUUUCCAGAUCUGGAGGAAGAAACAUUUGCUGUCCGAGGCGAGACCACCACGUUGGCUUUCCAAAACACCAGGAGGCAGCGCUUGCCACAGCUCGCUGUGAAUCCAGGAGAGACGACCAACCCAGCUAAGGCUGUCAAACGCAGAGGUGGGCUAGGAGGAGGUCUAUGACCCUUGAUUUUCAGCAGGGGAGUGGUGCAGAGGGACGUAGCUGGCGACGAGCAACAGACGCUCGGCGCUUGUAAUCUUCCCAUUCACUAAUUCAUUCCAUGCCAUUGUCAUAGCGAUGUAAAGCCAUUCUGUGCCGACUGGAGGAGGCACACUCCAUUUCCAUCAGCGUGUUUUGGUUUCCCUUCACUUCUUUGUGCUUUCUCCCUCAGAAACUGGACAGCGUCACUCCUGUCUUUUCAAGUGACUUGGUCUUUCUGGAGCUGUCAUUGUGUUUGGUUGUGCAUGGAAUGACAGCUGCUUUUUUUAGAGACGGCGGAAGAGGUCGCGGAUGGAGUGAGGACUGCCACUAACUGGAAAGCUCCUUGAGAAAUCUUAAAGAACCUUUUGAAAGACUUGCUGCUUUUCAAGUGUUUAGACUUUCCUCGUUGCACACUUUCUACCAUUUGUCUCACUGGAUACCAAUGACAGCCAUGAAGGGAGACUCUGAAGACAGCAUCGAAAGUGUGAGGCCGUCCAGCCUGCAAGUUUUCGCCAACUCCUCCACACUACAUGGCAUGAGCCACAUAUUCGCCUAUGGCCACAUGACGUUCCGGCGCUUCUUAUGGACACUGUCCUUCAUGGGCUCUUUGGGUCUACUGAUGUUUGUGUGCAUGGACAGAGUGUACUACUACUUCGAGUUCCCCCACGUCACUAAACUUGACGAGGUGGCGGCGCCCAACCUCACCUUUCCGGCUGUCACCUUCUGCAACCUCAAUGAGUUUCGUUUCUCGAAGAUCACGAAGAAUGAUCUGUACCACGUCGGGGAGCUGCUGGCACUGCUCAAUGAGAACCACCAGAUUGCUAACCCUCACCUGGCUGAGCCAGAAGUCCUGGCUUUGUUGAAGGAGAAGGCUAAUUUUGUCCACUUCAAGGCCAAGCAGUUCAACAUGACGGAUUUCUACAACCGGACGGGCCACGAUAUCAACGACAUGCUCUUGCAGUGCACCUUUAGAGGGGAGGACUGCAUCCCUCUAAACUUCACCACUAUUUACACAAGAUAUGGGAAAUGUUACACGUUCAACUCUGGUCUGGAUGGAAACCCCUUGUUGACGACUUUAAAAGGUGGAACAGGAAAUGGGCUGGAAAUCAUGCUGGAUAUUCAACAGGAUGAGUACUUACCGGUUUGGGGUGACACAGAUGAAACCUCGUACGAGGCGGGCAUCAAAGUUCAGAUCCACAGCCAGGAUGAGCCGCCCUUCAUAGAUCAGCUGGGAUUUGGUGUGGCCCCUGGUUUUCAGACUUUUGUGUCUUGUCAGCAGCAACUGCUCCAGUAUCUUCCUCCGCCGUGGGGCGACUGCAGAUCCGAACCGAUGGACUCUGAAUACUUCACCACCUACAGCAUCACGGGCUGUCGCAUCGACUGUGAGACCCGCUACCUGCUAGAAAACUGCAACUGCAGGAUGGUGCACAUGCCAGGCACCUCAACCGUCUGCACACCCGAACAGUACAAAGACUGUGCUGAUCCAGCUUUAGAUUUUCUAGUGGAGAAGGACAAUGAUUACUGUGUUUGCGAGACGCCGUGCAACAUGACUCGAUACGGUAAAGAGCUGUCCAUGGUGAAAAUACCCAGCAAGGCUUCGGCCAAAUAUCUCGCCAAGAAGUUCAACAAAACUGAACAGUAUAUUGCGGAUAACAUAUUGGUUCUGGAUAUCUUUUUUGAGGCUCUGAACUAUGAGAAAAUUGAACAAAAGAAAGCAUAUGAAGUGGCUGGAUUACUUGGUGAUAUUGGAGGUCAGAUGGGUCUGUUUAUAGGAGCCAGUGUCUUGACCAUAUUGGAGAUAUUUGAUUAUUUGUAUGAGGUUUUUAAGGACAAAGUGCUGGGGCAUUUUCUUCGCAAGAGACGGCCACAUCGGAGCGCUAGUGACAAUCUGGAUUUCCCCGAGAACCCCAUCAGCCCUGGUGUCACGCCUAACCAUGUCCCCAGCUUUCAAGAUGGAGAUGAUGUUUUGCAGAAGUUCAGAGCACAUGCGACACACUCCGGAGUCACUCGGACAGUCUCGGAUUCGCGCCGAACGUGCUACCUAGUCACCCGGCUGUAGGCAACUUCGAGGAAUUCGCUUGUUGAUGACGCAGGCGACGGGACGGUUUAGGACACCACGGAAAACUGUGAAAUAUAUAUCGGACUGACUCCAAAACAAGUGUAAGUCCACGAAAAUGUACAUGUUAAAUAGUUUAAAAAAACAACAACAACAAAAAAAACAGCUGAAUAUCAUCAUCAAGUACAAAUAGGCAACACUUCCUAAACAAAACUCAGGUUUUAUUAACAUCACAGCCGCUGUUUGUUUGACAUUGUGGAAAAUCCUGGUGGAUUUCAUGCCAUUUCUUUUCGGACGAUUUCAAACGUAUAAAUACUGUGACGGUGUUUCAUCCGAGAGAGUGUUUUUCUCUGUGCUUUUCUGAAUCCUCUACGAAACACUGUGGGCCUAAUUUGAUCAAGCCGCCUUAAAAGAAUCCGAAAAAGAAAGCAUUUUAAUAUUGCACAAAAAUUGUUAUAGAUACAGUCGGUUUGGCCAAGGUUUACAUCUAUUUUGGCACUUUUUUUGUACAAUAAUCGUGUGAGCUUUAACCGCGGUUUGACUGAAUUCAGCCCUGCGAUAGUACUCGAAAACAUGUAAUCAUUCCGAAUGUUUGUCUCUGUUCAUAUUUUGUGUAUAUAAGUGCAAUAAUAUGCAUAAUGUGUUAAUGAAAACCAUAUAUAUAUAUAUAAAUAUAUAUAUUACCUUCAAGUCUUAAUUAUUAGCUGUCAGGUAAACAGAAGGAACCAGAUGCUUUCGGUACAACCUGAGUUACCAGCAAUCAUGCCGUUUUAUUUCAACACGCUGAUGUUACUCUAUUUAUUUCGCAGUUAUGAGAUGGGAUAUUAUUGAGUACUAUUUAGAUUUAUGAAUGACGCAUUUCAUGUGUAAAGCUUCACUUUUCCAAUCCCACAUGUGAAUCCAUUCAUCAGAUUGUUUCCUCCAGGAGCUAAUUCAUUAUCUUAAGUGGCAAAGACUGUAUGCGAUGUGUUGAUGUGAAAAUCAAAUCAUCCGUCGCUGAAAAGCUCUUGACGAGUUACACGCUCGUAUUAAUUAUAAUGAGCAUUAAAAAUAGAUCACAGUUCCACAUCCACUAGAAAAUAUUCAAUUAUUUUAGAUGAUACAGUUGAAAAACAAACGCUUCGUUUUGAUUCGUUUAUGUUUUGGGGGUCAACCUAGAAGUUACAGGUGUCUUCCUUUCCUUGCAUGAACUGCUCAGAUACACAUGUUCAAACAUAGCCCAAAAUGUGUCUGGACACUAGAAAGCAAUAGUUCACCCAAAAUGAAAUUGUGCUGAUAAUUUCAUCAUCCCUCAGGAGUUUGUUUCUUUAUAAGAAGAGAUUUGGAAAAAUGUAGCAUUCCUUCACUUUGCUCACCAAUGCAGUGAAUGGGUGCCGUCAGAAUGAGAAUAAACCACUCCAGUCUAUCAAUUCACAUCUUGAGAAGUGAAAAGCUAAUGUGUGUUUGCAAGAAACAAACCCAUCAUUAAAAUGGUUUAGAACUUCAUACUGUUGCUUCAGGCUAAAAUACUCAUCCAUAAUCAAUAAUAACAAACUUUAUGGAAAAUAGACUGGUAUUUUAACCGGAAACAACAGUUUGAAGUUAAAAAUGUCUUGGAUUCAUUUAUCACAAUUUUUACAUGUGGAUUAUUGUGAUGUUUUUAUCAGCUGUUAGGACUCUCAUUCUGACGGCACCCAUUCACUGCAGAGCAUCCAUUGGUGAGCAAGUGAUUUAAUGCUAUAUUUCUCCAAAUCUAUUCCAUUGAAAAACUCAUCUAUAUCUUGGAUGGCAAAUUUUAAUUUUUGGGAGAACUAUUCCUAUAAAAAUGUUUGAAUGUCGUUGCAUUAGAUAAAAAUGAUCAAACCAAGGGGAAUUUAUUUUAAAGAAACAUAGCACAAGCACACUUUCAAAAUGAAGUUGUUAGGUGUUAAAUGGUAAAACAAUAGAUGCACUGUGCAAAAAGAAGACGAAGGGUAUUUCAUAUCUAUGUUCAUCGUACACGUGAUGAACUAAAAACACCUUGUAGCCUUGGAAAGAUCAAUUUAGUCUAAUACAGUAACAUUUUUGAGUGUCCAAGUAUGUUUUGGGGUGCUUCAGCUUCACUGCAGUACAUUGCAAAAUGUUAAAAGGCAAAUAUCAUCUUCCAUUAUGUUUUCUGCACUUCAGCUACAAUGUAUUAUUGUAUUGUUUUAUAUAAACUACAAUGGGAUUUCUAGUACAGGUAUCACAAUUUUAAAACAGAUAGUUGUGACAUGUAAAUGAACCAGUAUAAUAAACACUAUA